GGCGGCCCGUCAGCCGGCCACUCAGUCAGUGAGGGAGUCGGUGAGUCGGCCGCACCACCAUGUGGCUGGCCGCGUUCGGCCCACUGUUGCUCGCAGCUCUGCUCGAGGUCGCGGUCGCGGCCGAAGGCGCGGCGUCUGCAGCGACGGCGGCCUCUGCCGGCACGGCGGCGACGGCGGCUCACGGGCACCACCACCACCAGCAACAGCAGCAGCAGGUGUCUGGCGGCAGUGUGGGGAUCGCCGCUGCGCAGUCGUGGAUCCCCUACCGGCACUCCGCGCUAUCUCUUCAGGGAGUGCAGAGCGUGCUGCUGUCGAUCGAGGAGCGCCUGCGCAGCCUGGACGCGAGCGUCUACUCCUCGCGCUACGCGCCGCGCUGGGAGGUCAGCCUGGAGCAGCAGGGGCGACGCCUGGAGGCCGUCGAGGCGCGGCUGGGGCGCCUCGAGACGCUGCUUGAGAUACGGCUCGACAAGCUGGCCGAGUCGGUCAGCUCGCGGCAGCUGAAAGAAGAGCUGUCGAAGGACCAAAUGAGCCGCAAGUUUGACUCUGCUUAUGAACGACUGAACCACCGCCUCGGUUACAUGGAAGCCAGGCUGGACGUGGGGGUCUCCAAGCUGCAGUCCAGCGUGGAGAUGGCCAGCGAGCGUGUGGAGGCGGCGGUGCGGGGGCGGCAGUCCGGCGCCAGCACCGACGCCGCCCUGCUGGACCUCAGUGUCAACGUCGCGGACCUGCGGCGCCGCGUCGACGAUUGCCAGGCACGCAGCAACGACACCGUGGCGGCGAUGGCCAGCUCGAGCGCGCACCGGCUGGAGGACAUCGCGUCGUCGCUGGCGCAGCUGCGCUACGACUUCAACCGGACUCUGGCCUCCGCCAGCACGGAGCUGCACGACGCCAGCGACCAGGCGUCCUCCGGACCUGGCGUGCCAGACCCCAGCGACUACGUCGAGAAGGUCGUCGUCGCCAUGGAGAAGCAAGUCAGCAACCUCGCCAACAAGGUGACCAACAUGUACAACGAGCUGUGGCGGCGCACGCAGGUGCUGGAGACGCUGACCAAGGACUCCAUGUCUCUGUCCAAUGCGACGCGGCGCGAGUUGCAGGAUGGACUGCGGUCCCUCAGCCGUCGGGGGGCCUUCCACGCCGACCGCGAGAAGCAGGACACCGUAGGUUCGCUGCAGGAGUCUAUGGAUGUGCUGGCUGGCAUCGUGCACCGGCGGAUGUCUGAACUCGGCCGCAAGCUCGACUCGAGCUUCCAGAUGCUGAUGCUGGCGCAGAACUUGUUCCUUGAGAGCUGCCACAGGCUGCAGCUGGAAGAGCCGCAACUGGAGGCCAAGCUGACGGCUGUUCUGGGGAGGAUUCUCGACACGCUUCACAACAAGAGCGCCUCGACGAUGCAGGAGGUGCAGCAGGUGCACGAGAUGCUCAAGUCGCACCACAGCCACCUGGUGCGCACCGUGGCGCACAACACGAACACGGUGAUGAAGGCGGCCGAGGAGGCGCGCAACCAGGGCCGCCAGAUCGAGCGCGCCAUCCAGGAGGUGACGGAGGCGCUCUCCGCCGCCGGCAAGGACCACGCCGCCACGCUGCGCCACGGCCACGCCGCCGUCGACACCCGGCUCGCCAACAUCCUCGGCGCGCUCCAGGACUUGCAAGAUCAGCUUGGAGAAAUGGUUCCAGAUAGAAGUGAGACUUCCAGAGAAAUAAUGAACGCAGAAGCAUGUCUUGGAAAUCAGAAAAUUAUUACAAGAAUUGCUGCAGAAAUAGAGAAACACAACACAUUGUUAAUCACAAGCUUAAAAGAUAGAGGUGCUGUUACCACCUGUCCUUCAAUAGACAUACCUGAAUUCACAGACAAGAUUGCCUUGGCAUUUGAAGGGAAAGGAAUAGUAAUGUGUAAAGCUAAUGACGAUUCAAAUGAUGUCUCUCAAAUAAUACAACCGUUUGACAAAAGCUACACUUCUGAGAAUGCAUUCACACGAAGCAAUGAACACCAUGAUAAUGAUGGUAAAAGUAAUGAUAUUCCAGGCCAACGUGAUGAAGUAUGGGACAAGACAAAUGAGAAUAUUUCAAGUGCUUCUAAUGGGAAAAGUGCAUCACUAACUAGUAGCAGCAAAAGUCACCCAUUGAAUUACAGUAACUUAAACGAUAUUGCUGAGAAUUCAUCUUCGGAGUCAGAAGGAUUAUUUAAAACUGAAGGGAACAGAGAAAACUCUGAGUUAGGCACAAGCGGAAACUUUGUAUCACAGAUACAAGAGCAGCACAAUAAUUCAUCACAAAGCCAAUGGAAAAACAUACUCGCAAUCAUUCACGAUACAGAUACUGGAGAAAGUAAAGAAGUACAAAAGCCAUCACUAACUAUUGUACAUGAGAAGUCACCAGGGGAGAGGGGCAAUGGGUUCGGUUCUUCCUUCCACAUUCCAGAUGCCAUUCAUGAUCAGCAUGACAGCAACACAACCCUACUGGCCAGGACACCCACUGAGCAAGAAAUCCAAGUUAUUGCAUUCUU